UCCGGCUCGCCCCUCGCCUGGCACAGCACAUGCAGGAGCUCGCCCUGGGGCGGCCGCCGCUCCGCUCCGGCCACGGCCUGCGGGGAGAGGCAAAGCACCCAUUACACCCGGCUCCAGGCACCGCCUGCGGGGAGAGGCAAAGCACCCAUUACACCCGGCUCCGGCCACCGCCUGUGGGGAGAGGCAAAGCGCCCAUUACACCCGGGCCCGGCCACCGCCUGCGGGGAGAGGCAAAGCACCCAUUACACCCGGCUCCAGGCACCGCCUGCGGGGAGAGGCAAAGCACCCAUUACACCCGGCUCCAGGCACCGCCUGCGGGGAGAGGCAAAGCACCCGUUACACCCGGGCCCGGCCACCGCCUGCGCGGAGAGGCAAAGCACCCAUUACACCGGGGCCCGGCCACCGCCUGCGGGGAGAGGCAAAGCACCCAUUACACCCGGGCCCGGCCACCGCCUGUGGGGAGAGGCAAAGCGCCCAUUACACCCGGCUCCGGCCACCGCCUGCGGGGAGAGGCAAAGCACCCAUUACACCCGGGCCCGGCCACGGCCUGCGGGGAGAGGCAAAGCGCCCAUUACACCCGGCUCCAGGCACCGCCUGCGGGGAGAGGCAAAGCACCCGUUACACCCGGGCCCGGCCACCGCCUGCGCGGAGAGGCAAAGCACCCAUUACACCCGGGCACGGCCACCGCCUGCGGGGAGAGGCAAAGCACCCAUUACACCCGGCUCCAGGCACCGCCUGCGGGGAGAGGCAAAGCACCCAUUACACCCGGCUCCAGGCACCGCCUGCGGGGAGAGGCAAAGCACCCAUUACACCCGGGCCCGGCCAACGCGGGGUCUGUCGUGGGGGAGCUGAGAGGCUGCUUGUUCUUCCUGCUGCUGCGCUGUCCCAAGGGAUUUUGUCAGGAGUCUGGACAAGGCUACAUUACCUAGAUACUACUGAUUAGUAGGAUGAGGAGCAGAAACUGCCCAACAACAGGCAAAAAGACUUCUGGAAACGGCAGGUAUUGAGUCCUAUGAGAAGAGCAGCACUUUUGGACCUAAGUCAUUGUUUUCCUAAUUCUAGGUCUCAGGAAAAUGGAAAGCCAACCACAGGACAGAAGAUGGCAGCCACAGCACAAGACAGUUCAACAGGAAUGAACAUACACACUAAGCUACGUGCAGUUUCUUCCAAGUUUAUUCACACAGGACGAUGGUGAGAG